GUUGCUCAAGGUUCCACCUUUACCUUAUUUUCUCCCCCUCUCCACAUCUACCCUUCACAGUACCUUUCCAUCGAUCUUUUUUUUACACCGUUCUUCCAUGUCGAUUGAAGAAAAGAAGUACUCAGGAGGAGUUCCUGAUGCGUACAAACAUGACAUCGCCAGUGAACAUGAAUACAAUAUCGAAGAAUUCGCGGAUAUCAACCGUGAACAUGCAGGGUCCGGUUUCCUUGCUUACUUCAACAUUGUUUGUGUGAUUGCGGGUACCGGCACUCUUGGUCUUCCUUAUGCCCUCAAGCAGGGUGGCUGGAUCGGUCUGCUUAUUCUAUUUUUGGCCUGGACCAUGUCGGUGUAUACCGGUGUUAUUUUGAUUCGUUGUCUCUAUGCCAACGGCAAACAUCGUAUCUCAUCGUACAAAGAAAUCGCCACUGAAUCUUUUGGUGCCAUUGGUGGCUGGAUCACCUUUUUCUUCAACGCAUGGAUUCUGCUCGGUGCUCCCGUUUUGUACGUGGUCUUGUCAGGUGCUAAUCUUGCUCAUCUCUGCCAAAACACAGUGGCUGAAGUGGUUGGUGCUACCAACUGGACCAUCAUCUCUUGCGUCCUCGUUCUCAUUCCCUUUGUUCUCGUCAAAUCUAUGAAAGAAGUUGCUUGGAUGAGUGCUUUUGGUGCUCUGACCGUGCUUGUUGUUGUGCUUAUUGUUCUUGUCAUGGCCUGCAUUGACCAGAAGAACCAGGUCAAUGUUCACCACGACCCCGUUAUCUGGGAUCAGUUCCCUAUUGCUCUUUCUACGAUUUCCUUCUCUUUUGGUGGCAACGUCGUGUAUCCCAACGUCGAAGCUUCGAUGAAGAAACCCAAGCAGUGGCCCAAGGUCGUGGCUGCCGGUAUGUCGACCUGUGCUCUGAUGUACUUCUUGACGGCUAUUCCCGGUUAUUACAUUUACGGUGAUGCUGUCAAGAGUCCUAUCUACGAUUCGAUUCCCGCAGGUGUUGGACAGAUCAUCGCCGUUGUCCUGAUGACUAUUCACGUUCUUAUCUCAGCUCCUAUCUUGGUGACGUCUUUCGCUCUUGAUCUUGAAGAAAUGAUGAACAUCACUGUCGAACGUUUCGGUCGUUUCCGCGAAUUCAUUAUCCGUGCUCUCUUGCGUAUCGCCAUUAUCGUCGUGAUCGCCAUUAUUGGUUGCUUCGUUCCUUAUUUCGAUAAUUUAAUGUCGUUCAUUGGUGCUUUCGCCAACUGCGCUCUUAUUUUCAUCUUCCCCAUCAUUUUUUACCUGAAGCUGACGGGUGUCCGCAACAAGCCUAUCUACGAACUCCUGUGGUGUCUUCUCAUCGUCAUCCUUGGUGUCGUCGGUCUUAUCUUUGGUAGCUGGCAAGCCAUUGACGCCUUGAAGGCAGACAUUGAACGUGAUCGCGCCCUUGGUAUUUCUCCUGGCGCUUAAAUGCAUGGCCAUUCAUGCAACAACUCUUUUGCCUCUCUCAUUUAUUUUCUCACUAUUUUUUUUUUCUUGGUAGAAUCUGAGAUUCUAAAUUUUGCAGCAUCCUUUGUGAUGACUUGAUAUUUAUCUUUGUGCCCUUUUGUAAAUAGACACCUUAUACUAAGAGAUAUAUCCCAUAACUGGUUUAUUGACGAAUUUUUAAAAUAUAAAUAAAAUGUAUGUACUAGGAGGACGAACAAGCUGCAAAACUCAGUGAAGAAAAC